AUGCCUUGCUCAGUAGAAGAUAUCGUCAAACAUUAUGAAUAUGACCCCACAAUAAUCCAACGCAUUGCGACGCGGAAGUUUACACCUUCUUUGUCCAUUGAACUUCCAAACCCUGAGUGGCCAGCGCAGUUUGAGAAGAUCAAAUCCCUCAUCGAUGCCGCUCUCGGCCCAAUCGCGGUGUCCGUAACUCACGUCGGCUCAACCUCAGUGCUCAAUCUCCCAGCCAAAGCCGUCAUCGACAUCGAUCUCGCUGUGGCGAACCCCACGGAUGAAGACGCCUAUGUGCCCGCUCUAGAGCAGGUGGGGUUUCAAUUUCUUAUCCGCGAGCCAGAGUGGCAUGAGCAUCGCUUCUUUGCCAUGCACGAGCCGUACAUCUGCAACUUGCACGUUUUUAAGGAGGACACUGCGGAGUUGGUGAGACAUGUCAUCAUGAAGGAGUGGCUCAUUGCGCAUGACGAUGAUAGGGAGCUGUAUGCGAGGACCAAGAUCAAGGCAGCGGGGGUAAGCAACUCACUUGGGGAGACUAUGAACGACUACAAUCUUAGGAAGGAGAAUGUCAUUCGGGAGAUUCUUGAGCGAGCUCUCAGGGCGAAGGGAUACCUGGAUCCCAAAUGA